ACCACUCAAGUGGACAUUACCAGAGGCCCUUCAUUACAAAAAGUAUUCCUCCGUUUGGAGUUACGGAGUCCUACUGUUUGAAAUAUGGAGUCUUGGCUGCAAGCCAUUUGAAGGAGUAACCAACAUGGAGGUGAUUCAUAAGUUAUCGAACGACUCUAGACUCUCGCCACCCCUGGAUAUACUAGAGCCAUUUAUAAGCUCAUGAUAGGCUGCUGGCAUUCUGACUUCAAGUUGAGGCCGACAUUUGGCCAGAUACUUAUGUAUUAUAGUCAACCUCUGUCAGAGCUUUUAAAGUGGGACCAGAAAGAUGUCGCAGUGGACACCCAAGCGACAGUACUUGGUGCCCCAUUAACAGUCGGAUUUGACUUAUAUAUACUAACUUACAGAGUGUGUAACCCUGACUUUAAUGAUUUAGGCUGUAUAAGAAUAAUUAUCCAGUCAUAUAGAAUGACUAUGCUCUUCAAAUAUGAAGUCUUUGUGACUAGCGUGUACUUGAGUGUGGUAACUUGUUUGGUGCUUUGCUCGGAGCAUCAAGCUGUGGUUUAUGUGGACACAGUCAACGGUGUGGACAACAGUAGUUGUCGGCUUGGUGAGAUAGAACUACCUUGCAAAUCGUUAUCAUUUGCCAGCAAUGGAAGACCUGAAACUCUUUUAGCAGAGUUAAAACGAACAUCUCAUCAGUUGCAUGUCACAUUGCAACAUCAUACCUGUACUGAAUAA